AGUUCCCAUAUCUAAUCUCAUCCUGACCGGUGAUCCCUAUAACUUUCACAACUUCAAACACUCAUCCAUGGAGAAUCUACAGGGCUUGUCACCACAAACAAAUGUAUCAGCAGAAGAGGAGUCAAAGCGGAAGGUAGCUGAAGAUGAAAUGCGCCGGGAUAUGAUGGCGACCAUCCUCGACAGUGCUGCCCGAGAGCGAUUGUCCCGCAUCGCCCUUGUGAGCCCGGAUAGAUCGCGGCAAGUCGAGACCAUCAUUAUGCGGAUGGCUCAGUCAGGACAGCUGCGGGGACGUGUGAGCGAGCAGCAGCUGAUCGACCUUCUUGAUCAGAUGGAGGACGCACGGUCCAAGACAACUACGAAGACCACGAUAGUAUACCAGCGCAGGCGAGACUUUGAUGAUGAAGAUGAUUUUUAGAUGUUUCAUUGAUGUACUCGAGCUCGUCGCUUUGAUAACGCGAUACAUAUCAUUCAUUAUCACUCACCGUGCUUCUCGAUCAUGAGCCAUCCUACCCCUGUUAGUGCCCUGCCCUCGCCACCUCGAAUACUGCAAUACUCGCCGUUAGCAUUUCCUGUCCAGUUACCAAAACUUUGUCUCGGCCCGUCCAUAGCUGGAGCUUUUUGCUGUCACUGACCACUAUAUGCU